UUUUCCACAUUUAAACCUCUAUAGAGAAAGGAAGUUAAAGUUUUCUGCUACAAAUCCAAGCUUCUUCAUUUAGUAAAAAAAAUGAGCAGCCUACCUCUUCAGGUCAAUGUGGAGAACUGGAUCACUGAAAACCAAAAUGCUUUCCUGCCUCCGGUUUGCAACAAGCUCAUGCACUUUUCCCAGUUGCUCAUCAUGUUUGUCGGUGGCCCUAAUACAAGGAAGGAUUAUCAUUUAGAGGAAGGAGAGGAGUUAUUUUUCCAGCUAAAGGGUGACAUGUGUCUAAAGGUUAUAGAAAACGGCAAACACAAGGAUGUACACAUCAAAGAAGGCGAGAUGUUUCUGCUUCCAGCUCGAAUCCCUCACUCUCCCCAGAGACAGGCCAACACAGUUGGACUGGUGGUGGAAAGACGACGUCUGCUGACUGAAACUGACUGCCUAAGGUACUAUGUGGACAACACCACAGACAUCCUCUUUGAGAGAUGGUUCUACUGUGAGAAUCUUGGAACACAAUUAGUUCCAAUAAUCAAAGAAUUCAUGGCAUCUAAGCAGGCUAAGACAGGAAGACCUGAUCAGAAUGAGGUCUUCAGAGAGCCUCCAUUCCAGCUGAAUACCAUGAACGUGAUGACACCAUUUUCUUUCAAAGACUGGCUGGAAAAACAAAGGCCAUCCCUGGCUAACGGCGGACCUAUCAAUAUCUUUGGAGCUCAGUUUGAGACGGAGGCAAUGGUGUUUGGACCUGGCCUGACUGAGACCUCCAUCCAGCAAACUGAUGUUUGGAUUUGGCAGCUGGAGGGAUCUUCAAGAGUGACCAUUGCGGAUCAGCCAUUUAAUCUGACUUCAGGAGACAGUUUGCUCAUCCCUGAGCAAAGCCAAUUCCAGUGGCAGAGGAAUGAGGGGACCGUUGCCCUGUUUGUUGUGCAAAAUCCGGAGCGCAAGAGAACCUGAUUUUGAACUAAAUACCUGAAAAUUAAAGUUAAAUACAUAGCAUAAGGAAGAUAGGUAUUAAGUCAACAGUACAUUUUAUAACAUUUUGCUACUGACCUAAAACUCUCACCAGAGGUCAGUAGCAUCUCAACUAAUCCACACAUACAAGGAAAUCCAAACAUAUCAAUGGCUGUUACUUAUUGUUUUCUUUGAAGCCUAUUUCUGAUGGGUUCAGCAAUUUCUCCUUGGCUUCAGCACAGCUCGUCUUUUUUCUUCAGUCAUAAAUUCUGGAUUAUAACAGUGCUGGU